AUGCGCGCGUUGAUCCGCAAUGAGCUGCUGGAACGCCACAACCUGCCAGACAGUGCUCCCGGCGUCUCUGUGGAAGGCGCCGGAUCGACAGAAGCCAACGGCAUCUACGUACGAACUGGCUUCAAGGUAGCCAACACCGAAGUCUUCCAGAAGCGAGGAACUUGCCUCGUACUCUUGAAGCGAGGUGAGGACUUGAGCUGGAGCCUCAUCAACCUCAACGGCCGCAGGGGCAAGAAUGACGAGGCCGCCUCGGAGGAGGCAAUCAGCUCCGGGGCCUACACCUUCUCACCAGCGAAGCUGAGAUGGAAUCCCAACUCGACCACCCUGUAUCAGGUCGCACCAAGUCUGAACAGCCGGGACAGCCUCCUCCCGCCCCACGUCGGAUGGACGACGGUGGAUGGGAUCUCUCCAGCACCCAGCAUGACCUUCUGCACUUCGGACAGCCUCAGACCCGAGAAGUUGCUUGCUGCUGCGAUUCCCGGGAAGCUCCUGACACGGAUUGCUGAAACUGCGCCGACGGCGGCGAAAGUGCAGACAUCCAUCCAUCAGGCUUGGAGGACAGAGGCGCAGCAGACUCUCCCACGCAUCCUGCGGUGGGGGACCCUCGAGAUGUCCAGGUUGAGGAAGCAAGGGAAGGAAGGAAAGGAAGGAAAGGAAGGGAAGGAAGCCAAGGAGGAGGGUCGCUUGGCGCACGCCCUCUCGCUGCCAGAUCUGCACGCCGGCCCAGCUGCCUCGCAGCAAGUUCCUGAGGGCGAGAUGGUCAUGGUGAUCUACAGCGUGGUAAUGGCCAGACCCAGCUUUCACUUUGACUGGGGCCUCUCCUUCUGGGAGAAAGAGCUGGAUGACACAGGCAGAAGGAUUGUGCGAGCUGUGGAGCCCGACUCCCCUUUCGACCGCUGGAACAUCUGGCAGAGAGUCCGUGGCCGGCCGGAGAUGUGCGUACGGGCGGGCGACCAGCUGCUCAAGCAAAGCGGGGGUUGGGCCUACUUCGAGUGCCCUAUCGAGAGCUCCGAGGGCCUGGCCCGGGAGAAGAGCCGCUCAGAGUUUCGACCAGUUGAGAAGCGAACGCGAUGA